AUGAUGAUUACUUUAAUUGCUUUAGUUUACAAGUCAGCCUUACCAUCACAGAAUAGUCAACUUGACAAACGAACAAACCAUUGUCUUCAUAAGAGGGACGUUUUGGGUAAAAGGACAAACACAAGAGUCUGUUCUUGCGCUCUUGCAGAAUCAGUUUUCGAUGGCACAUCGGGUCCAGUAAAUGGUAUAAUCAUCUACGCUCAAGAUGAGUGUGGAAGCACUACCAUCACAGGUCUUUUCAGUUCAGGUUUCGAAGACACAAGCCAAAACUAUACUUUUAAAAUCGUUGAUAAUUGCGGUAAAGUCCUCCGUGACGUCACAAAAGAUUUGAACAUACAGUUCUCUGAAGGGGGUAGCAAAGCUUUCAAAAGCAAGGUUGAUGAUAUCAAUCUUAAUUGUGCCAAGGAUGGUAUCCUACUCACGAAGAACAGUAGAUCAGGAUUAACCAAACGCACUUGCGAUACAUUUUCCAAACGUCAAGCUCCCCAAGCUCCCCCUGAAAACCCAAAUUCAGUAGACGGUGCUUUUAUGCGUAUCAAUAGGGGUGAAGACAGCUAUGCUCAGGCGAAUAUUUUUGAAAUCUAA